AUGAAAGCCGGGUGCAAUUUGUCCAACUUGCUUUCAGAAACCCAGGUUGGUACCGUGGUCUUUGGCGCGCUAUCUAAGGCUAAUAUCUUGCCCUCACCAUACCAAAUCCAUCGUACCAUCACCAGCCCGUCGGAAUGGGACGAGAUCGUUAAGAUAGCUGGUGACCAGUCCUUGGAGCACUUCUGCUUCAUCACCAAGCGACACUCGUGGAGUCGCAUCCUCAUCACACGGGAGCUUCUUCUUCGCAUCAUAUCCCACUACUCCAUCUUCCUAUCCUUCCUCCGCCUCGUCCGGCUAUUCGGGGCGAGGUUAUCAGAGGGAAACCCCUCGGGCGGCUUCUUCUACAGGACCUGGUCUGCCGAACCAUUUAGCUCAUCCGACGACUCUCUGCACAAGCCCUGCACCGGAUAUGAACUCCACUACACUUUACGAUAUGUUGAGAAGCAUUCCCGUAACAUGAAGAUCCCCUGGUCGAUGCGACAGAUGGCAGUUUGCCAUCGCGCCAAUAUUGACAAUCAGUUUUCAUCCUGGAUUCUUGUGCAUGCAGGCCAUGACCUAAAGGAGAGCCUAUGUGCGAGGACCGACGAAUAUCUAUCAGACGGGGUGGAAGAUCGGGCGGCAACAGUUCACCUGACCAUUCUGCACUUUGCUGCCAGAAACUGGUCCGCAUAUUUGGAUUACCUUUCGAGCGAAUUCAAGCAGAUUAGUGAUAGAGCCCGCAACUGCAAAGUCAUCAAGGCCAAGCCCGGAGAAGACGAUGAAUUUGAAAUCGGCAUCCAGGAUAUGCAGUGGCUCCAAUGGCUUGCCGAGCACCUCCUAAUCACUAAACACAACCUUGCCGAGAAUUCCCACACGAUCAACGGUCUCGGCCAGUAUCUCAAACGUCCAAAGGCUGUAAAACGGCAGGGGAAAGAGGACCACGGACAUGACGGCUUGGCUUGCGGCGAAUUUCCCAUGUGGGUCGCCGCUUGGAAGGAUGAGACCAGAUCGAACCUCGAUACCUUGCAAACGCUCAUGGGGCAAGUUCGAGAGUGUACUCAGCUGGUCUUCAACAUUCUAAAAAUCAAAGACGCUGAAGUCAUUCAAGCGCAUGGACAAAACGCCAACACGCUCAACGAACGGUCGCAGCAGCACAGCAAUGCGCUUUUGCGCCUCGCGUUCGAAUCCGAGAGCGCAGUGCGGUCUAUGAGAACAAUCACCCUCAUAACGCUGCUCUACUUGCCCCCGUCCUUCCUUGCGACGCUCUUCGGGAUGAAUUUCUUCGUCGUUACUAGCAACGGCGACUCAUCCAGGCUGGGUCUUCUCAGCGACUCCUGGCUGUAUAUCGCCACAGCAGUACCUCUCACGGUCUUGACGGUGGUUGUCUGGCUUUGCUGGGAUUAUCGGGAGCAGCUCAAGUUCGCAAAAGCUCAAUCAUUGGCUACGUCGGGAUGA